CAGAUACGAGCAACCAAAAACACAACAACGUCGUCUUAGGAACUAGCGAAUCAAAUGAAACAUCGGAUUCAGUGUUAAUUCUGACGUUAAUAUUACGACCAGAAAGGAGAAACACAUAUUGGUCCCGUGGUAUAUUGUUACAGGCAGCAGAUUCUAAAUAUACAACACUGAAUCCAGGCUCAUUAGAGCGAAAAUGUGGCAGGAAAUUUCCCUAAUUGUUGCAGUUUUUGUGACUGUGUGUUCCACUGACGAUCCAGAUCAGUGCCAAAAACCUCCAGUUGUUAAAAGUGCUGUCUUACUGGAUCAGUAUCUUGUUCAGCAACAUUUUUCUGUGGGCGAUGUUGUUUCCUACAAAUGUUUGCCAGGUUACACUUGGGAUGACAACUCUCCAAAUGAUGUCACUUGUCAACCCAGUCUAACUUGGUCAGAGCCAAAGAUGAGUUGCCUGCCUAAAUCAUGUGGCCAUCCAAAGGAUUUACAAAAUGGUCAUUACACUGCUACUGGUGAAAUGUUUGGGGACACAGCAACUUACUACUGCAAUGAAGGCUAUCAAUUGCUUGGCAAAAGUCGGAUCCGGUGCACCGAGCUUGGAUGGACCAAUGGUUUUCAAAUGUGUGACACUCUUCCCGAUGAUGAUCGCCAGCCUGCCAAUCCUUCUACCGUCCCAACGACAAUCAACGCAAUAAAUGAACCAACAGCUCAGGCCUCCCAGAAAACAGAUGAUGCAGAGGCAAGCCCUUUGACCCCACAACCACUUGGCAAGACUCGUCCUGAUGUUGAUCACCAGCCUGCCAAUCCUUCUACCGUCCCAACGACAAUCAACGCAAUAAAUGAAGUAUCAACUCAGGCCUCCCAGAAAGCAGAUGAUGCAGAGACAAGCCCUUUGACCCCACAACCACUUGGCAAGACUCGUCCUGAUGUUGAUCACCAGCCUGCCAAUCCUUCUACUGUCCCAACGACAAUCAACGCAAUAAAUGAAGUAUCAACUCAGGCCUCCCAGAAAACAGAUGAUGCAGAGGCAAGCCCUUUGACCCCACAACCACUUGGCAAGACUACUCCUGAUGAUGAUCAUCAGCCUGCCAUUCCUUUUACCGUCUCAACUACAAUUAACGCAAUAAAUGAAAUAAUUCUUCAGACAGACACCCGGAAUACAGAUGAUGCAAAGGCAAGACGUUUCUAUGAUCCAUUACAUCAUAACUCUCUUCCUGAUGAUGAUCACCAGCCUUCCAUUCCUUCUACCCUCACAAUUAAAUUCAACACCAUAAAUGGAAAAACAGCUCUAGCCACAUUGGAUAAUACAGAUGAUGCAAAGCUAAGCCAUUCCUCCCAACGAUCACGUCGUAACACUCCUCUUGAUGAUGAUCACCAGCCUUCCAUUCCUUCUAUGAUCAAAAUUACAAUCAAAGCAAUAAAUAAAACAACAGCUCUGGCCGUGCUACCAAAUACAAAUGAUGCAGAGCCAAGCCUUUUCUUCAGACUAUUACGUGGUCACGGCCCUCCUGAUGAUAAUCACCAGCCUUCCAUUCCUUCUACCGAUACAAUUAGAAUCAAUGCAAUAGAUGAAACGACAGCUCAGGCCUACUUCCGUAAUACAGAUGAUGCAGAGCCAAACCUUUUCUUCCGACAAUUACUUGGUAACUCUCUUCCUGAUGCCGAUCAUUGGCCUUCCAAUCCUACUACCUUCGAAAUUACAUUCAACGCAAUAAAUGAAACGACAGCUCAGGCCAACUCCCUUAAUAGAGACGAUGCAGAGAGAAGCCUUCCUUUUGGGCUAUUACUUGUUCUUCCUGAUUACGAUCGCCAGCCUUCCAUUCCUUCUACCUUCAUCACUACAAUCAAAGCAAUAAAUGAAACGACAGCUCAGGCCUACUACCAUAAUACAGAUGAUGUAGAGCCAAACCUUUUCUUCCAAAGUUUACUUGGUAAAUAUGAACCUGCAGUUCAGACUCACUUCCUUAAUGAUGAUGAUACAGAGAGAAGCCAUUUGUCCACACCAUUAUCUCUUAACUAUUACACUCUGAAGUGGAUACUCUUGAUUUCUUCAGUUUCAGGAUUCGUGUGUAUCAUUGGUAUAGCGAUAAGUAAAUACAUUCGUCACAAAAGAAAAUAUGGGUCCUACAAAACAGGGAGCCAAUACUUCGAACAUGACAGGGAUAUUGAAAUAGAAACAAUUAAAAUGAUUACAGAUUAGUCUAAGAUGACUAAUCUUGGCUUAAAUCUUGAGAAGGAAGUGGAUGGUGAUGUUCCAGCCUGUUUGAUUCAAUGGAUGAAGUUUGUAAAGCAUUCCAAGGCAAUAAAGAGGAAUCUGAAUGCAGUACUUAAUUACUACUUCUAGAACUUUGGACUUGGUAUACAAAACAUAAAAUGUUUCUAUUUUCUUGCUUGAAUAUGAAUUUUUAAUUUUAAGAACCUUGCACUGUUGACUCUCAUAAACCAUGACAUAAACAUCUGCCCUCUUUUGCAAUCUUUUUUGGAAAAUGUCUGUAUUCUUUUAUGAUGCAUAUGUGAGGCGAUUAUAAACAAAUUAUUUAUUAUGCUGAUGAUUAUCACACAAAUCUGGAUCCUGCCUGCCCAGCUGGUUUUUUUCAGCAUUUUCAAACCUUUCAGGUUUUUGUGUAUGGAGAGAGAAAACAGUGAUCCAAACACCCUGAAAUCCUCUUAGCUUAGCACAUCAAAUAUAACAACAAUCUUAAAGCCAGGGAGUGAUGGAGAGAAUCCACAAAAUGAAGAAAUAUGCGUUAUUUUUAAGUGCAGGUAAUUCAGUGAUUGAAUGAAUUUUUUUUUACACAUGUUUUACGUGAAUAUGGAACAAAGUUAAUUCUGUAAUUUAGAGAUAUGAGAUUGUUUCAUUGAUCAUAUACAUUGUCAUGAUUUUUAAGAUGUGUGAUAAGAGGGGACUUGUCCCUGACAAUGCAUUAUACUACUCUAUCAACAUGGGUGUGUUUUUGAUGUGGAGUGCACAACUUUUCUCUGGCUUCCCAGUUUAAAAAAAAGGAAGAUUUUGAAAGAAGAAUGGUAUCAGAUUCAAUGUUAACACCAUUUAUCUCUGCAUAGAUGCAGGCGUACCUGCUGAGCUUCUCUGGCACUUUAUUUUUGUAAUAAAUAGCUUAUUCAUUUACAAACAAUAGAAUAAUGUUAAUUAUAUCUUUAAAUGUU